UUAUGGCUUCCGCGUCUCCCCCACUGCCUUCCACGCUUCGUAUGCUCUCCUCCACUCUGCAAAGACCUCCGAAGAUUUCCUCUCCGCUUCUCUCUCUGUCGCUUCCAUCCAAAACCCCUGCUCUCUCCCUCCGCUUCACUCAAAUUUUCUCUGGGGUUUCUGGGUUGCAUCCUACCGAGAAGCAUCUCGGUGUAAGAGCUCUUGCUUCCGCUACCGACAUGGCAUCGGAGAAGAGGGUUUUUGAUUCAGGGGAAGAUUUGGCGGUUUCUCUAGCUAAAUACACUUCCGAUUUGUCGGAUCAUUUUGCUAAGAACAGGGGCGCUUUCACUGUGGUUCUCUCCGGUGGAUCUCUGAUCAAAUGCCUCAGGAAAUUGGUGGAGCCACCGUAUGUUGAUUCAAUAGAUUGGUCGAAAUGGCAUGUGUUUUGGGUUGAUGAGAGAGUUGUACCCAAAGAUCACGUUGACAGCAACUACAAACUCGCUUAUGAUGGAUUUCUUUCUCAGGUGCCAAUUCUCCCGGGUCACGUUUAUGCUAUUAAUGAUGCACUAUCUGCUGAGGGUGCAGCUGAAGAUUACGAAACCUGCCUGAAGCAUUUGGUAAAUACCAAAGUGGUCGAUGUCUCAGCAGCAAGUGGGUUCCCGAAAUUCGAUCUUAUGCUUCUUGGUAUGGGCCCAGAUGGGCAUGUGGCUUCUUUAUUCCCAGGCCAUCCCCUUCUCAAUGAAAGUCAGAAAUGGGUUACCUACAUCAAGGAUUCCCCUAAACCACCCCCAGAGAGAAUCACUUUUACCUUCCCAGUUAUCAACUCAUCGGCAUACAUCGCACUUGUAGCGCCUGGUGCUAGCAAGGCAGACGCUGUCUAUACUGCACUAGGAGGAGGAAGUUCUCAGAAUGCUGAAACAUUACCUGUUCAGAGGGUUGCUCCAGAAGGGGUGUUGACAUGGUUCUUGGACAAGGAUGCUGCUUCCAAGCUCUAAUGUUAAAGAGAUACGUCAGUCGGAGCUGAUCUAAUCUAAGUUGUUAUGCAUUUGAAUAAGAGAUUCUGUAUGUUCACCAGAACCUGGGGUAAGUUUGUGGGAGUUUUCCAUCCCAUUCCUUGAAAAGAGAGGACGCAAAAUUGAAUAGGCGUCGAGAAAACAUACUGGAGGAUCUCGGUCUUCGACGACAUAUGAGAACGGAUUGGAUCCUCGUCUAUCAGCUACGACUUUUGGGAGAGUUUGUUCAUCUUUCCUACGUUGUUCAUGGUUUUUGUUUAAAUUAGUCGAUGAAUUCUGAACAAAAGCGUUAAAGAUUUGAGGUAAGUGAAUGUAGGAGCAUGAGGGAGAUAUGAAGAGUGUGAGCUUGGGGUUGAGUAUCAGAAGAAAAGGGAACAGUUUUAUAAUUGGUUUUGGUUUGCUUUAGGGAGAGGCCUUGAUUUACAAGACACUGCCAAAGUGUGUUGUGUCACUAUCUCACUACAAUAUAGCGCUAGCUUUGGUCCUAAAUUGUUCCCCAACAUCCCUUUUGGCCUUCAAUUUUGCUAAAGCUAUCAUUUUCAAGCCCUACCAA